AGACACCUAUGUGUUUGAAUAAUGAUCAACAAAGUGAUAGCAAAUCUGAUCAUGAUAACAAUAAAACAGAUGAACUUGUAAUUCAAAGUGGUGCUGAAUUUUCGAACUGGAAAUCUUUGGAGAAUUCAUUAAAAAAAUAUGAAUUGAAAAUUGGAUUUAAGUCAAUAAAAUAUCGAGUAGAGAGUGAAAAUGUUGGAUGUGAAUGGCAACUUAAUGUGGGAUAUCGCAAAAAUAUUAACGCUAUAGUUGUUAAUAAAUUUGUUGAAAGCCAUAAUCAUUCUUUCACACCAUAUAGAAAAGAAUUUGCCCCAAGCUUAUGUUUACUUUCGCAAGAUGUUCUUGACGCAAUAAAGUUUCUAACACAGGAAUGUAAUCUUGGAGCAAAGGCUCAACGCCAGUAUAUUUUAAAGAAAUUUCUUGAUCAACCAUUAUUUGACUGUAAUUUGUAUAAUGCUAUACGUUGA